AGAAUAUAUGGUACUUCUACCACACGAAGAUCAUUAUUUUCUGUGACAACAUUUUGAACCUGUCGUGAGGAUUUGAUUUUCCUCUAUCAAGCUGCGCGUGGGACGCCUUUGGCGCAGUUCCUCCUGCUUCAGUCCGGCGUUAUUUGCGGAAAAAAUCUUGCUUCACUGCGGCGCACCAGUGCUCUCAUCUUGGUCACCGGCUCAGGCGACGGCACCCACUUUGGUGGUGAGUCAAUCGGCGACAUAGAAGAAUAGUACCCUCGAACAGGCGGCGAGGUGUCAAGUGCAAAUAUGUCUGGGUCUGGAAGACGCUCUCGCCUAUGGACUCGACAUUCAAUCUGUAUUGCAUGUUGAACAGCAAAAAAUGCUUAGUUUUUGGUACGUGGAGACGGAAUUUCUCAUGCGGGAUGGGCAUGAUCUUCGGACACAGAAAGCCCUCACAGAUUCUUCUGUGAUGCUAGGGCAUGGAGGUGCAUCACAGACACAGACGUCAAGGGUCAUGCGAAAUGUGCAUGACAGACGUUGCAUUCAUCUUCCGGACCAAGACUACAUAUUUGCACUGGAUAUGAAAAGGAUUUAUUUUUCCCCCCGGGCGGCGGCCGGCAGGGGCUGGCGCUGGAGAAGAUAAAGGAGCUUUUGCGCAACGACCCGAGCGACUUCAGAGUACUAUCUUGGAAAAAAGUGCUUCCAUAUCAUCAUCUUUACCCGGAAAAAAAUGAAUUUGUGUUGCUGUUUUUAUAAAUUUUCUGCCACAAAAAAAUGCUUGCUUGCAAAGGCGGGGGAAAUUUUCUGUCAUGCCGGAUCGAGAAUGUAUAUGUAUAUGUAAUGCGGAAGAGGCAUAGGAAGACAAAGACUCAUCGUGCAAGGAAGUAAAUUUGCCAUGCUGAACAGCCUAUACGGUGUGUCCUGCGACACACGAAACAGCAUGACAAAGAAGGACAAUUGUUUUUGAAUAGGGUAUGGGUGUUGUUGAACUAUUUUUCUGCUUGAUACAACCAGGAGCCACCUGCACCUGAGCCAUGAGGACGAAAAGGAGCAGAGAUAUGGAGGCGUCAGGGCCGAAACCGACAAAAUCAAAAUAGUUUGCCAUGCACAAAAUGCAAGGCAUGAUGAAGUGCCUGUCUUGCAGGGAUGGCAAGUGAGGCCAAUUGUGUGCCUGUUUGGGGUCCAAGACAUAGACAGAGCUGCUAAAAAAGCAUGACAAGAGCAGUGGUCUUGUGUGCCAAAACAGCAUGACUAAGUGGGUUUAGGUGCUGCUGAAAUUUGUCGAUUUUUUUAUGCAUCGCAAAUCUAUUUUCCAGCUUUGUCGCUUUCGGUCCUGGCGCUUUCAUAAGAGGCACCGGCCAGGGCAGCUCCUGCACUGGCUCGGUGGGCCUUCAUUUCUCCGGUUGGCUUUCAUCCUGCGUGUCCGGUUAUGCUGUGCAAAAGUAUCGCACUAGAAGUAGAGUCACUGCAUUACAAAUUUUCUCAGCGUAAGAAAUGGAAUUUGUAAAUCCUGUUUUAGCUGAGGAAGAAGAUUUGUCAUGCAUAUCUGCAAUUAGUUGUACGAGUGCGAUAAUUUUGCACAGGAUACCGGUCUUUCGCAAAUACUGGAGCUGGAUGAUGUAUUUGAAGAGGCCGCGGUGCCAAUAUGAGAGAAGUGCACAACAACUCCCCUGGAGUUGUCAUGCCGAAGCCAAAUUUCUGUUGCUGUUUCUGUUGCUGCUGAUGCAUAUUGAUACAAAUGAGGGCGACCACGACGGGCGGGAGUCGAAGUUGUGCACUCUCAUAACCUAUCCAUUGCAAAUAUGUCUGAAUCUGGAAGAGUGGCAGUUUGUCAUGCUUGUCUCUCAUGACUCCUAACUCUGUGAUGCAGGAGGAGAAUGAGAGUCGCUUGCCUGUCAUGCAAAAGCGCAGUUUGCCAUGCAGAAGUCGCAACACAUAGCAGCUCAAGAACUUGUCAUGCUUGGCUGCGUAUUGCAGUGUGCCCACCAGUGCCAAGCCAGCAUCACAAGUUUCCAGACCCAGACAUAUUUGCAGUGGAUACAACCGACCCGAAACCGGGUGUUUCGCGAACAAGCGGUGAAGAAAAUCACGGGCCGAGAGGACCCUGCUUCGAUGCGAACGAAGCGCACAACUAGCACGUCAAAAACGAAGCAAGGGACGAGGAUGCUGCUGCUGCACGUGUUCGCGACUGCGGCUAUGAACUGCAAAAGUAUCGCACUCGUAUAAAUCAUGCAUUACAAAUUUCCUCAGCAUGAUGAGAAAUAAAAUUUGUACUGCGGAUUUACCUUAAGAAAAUUGCAAUAAGAGUGCGAUACUUUUGCACAGGAUAGCAGCAGCGCUGUUUUUCUUGUUCUACUACAGUCUUCCACAUUUGAAAUCCGCCUCGCCGCGGUACAACUACGAGCUCGUGGGCGAGGGCGGCCGCGACCGCAAGCCGCGCUCAUCCGCAGCGCGGCGGGGUUGGCUCUUCGCCAAGGCAACUGAGGUUUCCACGACGGAAAAGACAACGUUGAACGAGAGGCAGGAGGUGCAGCAAGAGCAGGAGCAGGAGCAAAACAAAAAGAACAUGAAAAGGAAAGAGGAACAAAAGCGACGAGAGAAGAAAAGUACCAAGCAGAAGUGGCUCGGAGAUCUUGUCAAUAAAGUUUCCACGCUUAGCGAUGAUUAUGACCUGCAAAAGUAUCGUACUCGUAUAAAUGCAAACAAAUUAUUUUCUCAGCAUGAGAAUAAAAAUUGUAAUUUGCCUUGACAAAGAAAUUUGUAAAGCAAGAUCUGCAUUUAUACGAGUACGAUGCCUUUGCAUAGCAUAUUGAUCACAAAGACACGAUCAGCUACGACGAUCUUCAACAGCUGGACUGGACUUACGGAGAUCAAGAUGGCAAGGUGUCCCAAGCAGAGUGGCUACACGUGGGAGGGGACGUCCAUUCUUGGAAAUUGCUCAACCCCGGUGACGACGACGACAAAAUCCAGGUCUACGGAAAUCACCCCUACACACCAGUGCACGUGGAUGACCUAGCAGAUGACUACGAAUUGCACAAGAACGACGGUGAUCGAUGGACGACAGAGAGGGAUAAACAUUGGGAUCCGGACGACGAUGAGGACUACAAGAAGCUCCACCUGCACAACGAAGAUAAAAAGUUCCUGCACGAAGCGAUGAUAAACCACCACGAAAAAAUAGCGAAAACCCAGAAAGUCAUGUCUUGGAAUGAGCUGUAUUUCAUGUGCAAGGACUACGACAACGACCACAACAACCACGAGCUGUCUCCGGCGGAACUGAAGGCUUGCGCGCUGGGGAGGGAGGGCCUGCAGCUGCACGGCAAUUCCCUUUACAAACUUCUGAAUGGGUAUGGAGAGAAAAAAGUUUAUCACAGUUAUUAAGUUGCAGGCUUUGCAUUACAAAUUUUUUUAGCAUCACGACUUUCCUCUGUAUUGCAGAAACACUAGAGAAAUCCCUCAUGAAGUGUGGCUGUGAUGCAUUUUUACGCAUGACAGAAAGUUUUGUCUUGCGAAAAUGCGCAUGAGUGAUCGUGACGAAACUUUUUUCUUUGAUAAUGGGGAUCAGCAUGAUAGCCACAACCACUUGGUGCGGCUCGACGAAGAUGCAAUUAAAAAUCAUCCAGACAAUAUCAAAUGUAAAAAUGUCUGGGUCUGGAAGAAUGCGCGAUUUGUCAUGCAGCUUUUCCAUGACCCAUGAGGUCUGGAAUGCAGGACCCAGCAUGACAGAUUCUGUGCGACCUUUCUCAUACCUAUCCUGCAUGAGAAACUGCCUCCCGACUUGGUCAAAACUUGACGACUUUUGGUAAUCAUGCCACACAGUUUUUUGGAUGCUGCAGAUUUAGCAUGACAAGUUUAAAAAAAAAAAAAAAUUAGCAUGACAAGUUGCAUUCUUCCAGACCCAGACAUUUUUACAUUCGAUAGACAACCAUGAUCACAACCACGCGAUAACGCUCCAGGAGCUCGCGCACACUGAUCACCGAGUACAUCACGAAGACCAACAAGCACACAACGAUAGAAAAAUGCUGAGCAAACUGAUGCACGCCCACGGCAGCGACAACCAACUCACCUGGUUAGACAUCGAAACCGCGUGUGGAAACCACUUGGGCCCAGACAACUGGCUGAGUGCGCACGAAUUGAAGACGUGCGCCCAUGACAAGUAUGAUAUAGAGUUGCACACCGACAAACUGUUUCAUCAACUGAACGGCUACAGCGGGAAGCAUGAGAUUACGCCGGACACGUUCAAACACCACCAUUGGGCUUCUAUGUUUGACAGCGAUGACGGCGGCAGCUUCGACGGCGACAAACAUACGACUGCGCUGAGCGCCGAAGAACUGAAACUGGAAAACAAACAUAAGCACGUCGGAAAACUGAUCGAGGGCGCCACGGACUUCGACGACAUCGAGAAGAAGUUCAAGGACUCCUCGAGUUCCCACCAUGACCACCUUCCCCAUGAGGAUGACAAGAAAAUGCUGUGGCUGCUGAUGCAUGCCAGCGGAGAAGGCGACAAACUAUCCUGGGGCGACUUCGAGAAGUUGUGCAGCCCGCAUUUAACAGGAGGCGGCGGGCUGACCACGCACGAGCUAAAGGAGUGCGCGAAGGCGUUUGAUCUGGAUACAACGGACCACUUGUAUAUGGUCUUGACGGGCUUCCACCACCACACGCUUAACGAGGACACGUUCACGCACCACGACUACCAUUGGGCGGCCGGCCAUGACAGUAAGUCUGUGACGCUCGAGGAUUUGGGAAAGGAAGCCACCAGCCACGUCACGAAGACAGACGUCGACCAGUUCAAAGAUUUGAAGAAGGGCACCUUGACAACGGGCGACGAGAAAAUGCUCUACCAUCUGAUGCACCACGACAAGUUCGGCGAUCAACUCUCCUGGAGUGAGAUUAAGGCGGUGUGCGACGGUCAUCUAGGCACAAAUCACGACUCGCUGGGGUACCAGGGCUUGCACAAUUGCGCGAGCAAGGUAGGUGGGUGGGAAAUAUCGAAGCACUUGUAUCACCUCUUGAACGGGUAUGGGAGUGCCCAACCCUCCCUCCCCCUCAUUUGUGUUGCAUGAACAGCAACGCAAGCGCUGGCAAAGAUGCAGCUUUUGCAUGACAAAUUCCCGGAUGUUCUUCGGUAGAAAUCGCACUGCCCAAUAAAUUCCGCUAGAGUUUACCGGCAGGAGCAUAACAACAGCGAGCAUAAGGACGUUAGAUUUUCGAUUGCUUUACAUAUACAAGACCGGUGCUUUUUGCAUCGGCCCGCCGAAGCUUUGCGUGCGGGUUCAGCAGUCUUCUUUCUCGCGAAAAGGGUGAGUCUCCUGACCCUUCUGGUCGUCACCAUUCCGCCGGUGUCUGUGCUCUCGGGCGCGUCACACACCUCAGGACCCCAGGCUACUGUUUGUCGAAAUAAUUUACAUGGGGACGCUCUGCCCUUAGCCUUCCAACAUGACAAAUUCCUGGGUGAUUUUGGCUUUCGGAAUCUGUCAUGCAAAGAGUGCUAACGGGCAGGACCAGGAGGUAGAUUUGGGACGUUGCGUGACAAAUGAGGGGAGGGGGGAGUUGUGCACUGUCAUAACGGGUACCACGGGGACCACCCCAUUGACAAGGAUACCAUCAAGGACUAUCACUGGGCGCACGAAGAGGACAAGCAUCCUGGAUGGAUGUCGACACACGAACUCGAAAUGGAAACCAAAAAUCACCACCACACACCCACAGGACCAGCACCAGCACCAGCAGCACCAUCAACCCCAGUAGCACCAUCAACCCCAGCUGCACCAGCUGUAUCAAGACGUGCGAAUGUGGCAGGGUCUUGACGGAAGGCGCAAGGCUUGUUAUGCAUGUGGCCACCAGCAUGACUUGUUAGCUUCACAUCUGCGGUCAUGCACGUUAUACAUAGAAGUACUUAAGUACCCAAAAGCCGAAGCGGAGGCCCCACUUGCAUUUGUCAUGCAAAAAUGCCGUUUCUCAUGCUCAUAUUUAUAGAAGAGAGAACGCUUGGGAAUAAAUCAAAAACUUGCGAUGGUUAGCCGUUAAUAAGUAUAUUGGGACGGCCGCUUGCGCGUGAUGCAUCUCCAACCAGUAUGCAAGAAACAAAGAAAAACUGUGUAAGUGUAACUCUGUAUUAUGCAGCAGAACAUGCAACAGAGUCACACCUGUCAUGCAACACAACCAUGAAAUCCUCUUUCUACGUGCGUUUUCCCUUAGUACAAGCCGCGCAUGACAUGUUCUUUUCUUUGUCAUGUAGAGCAAAUUUGUGAUGCUGUCAGCCGAAGAAAGUUACACUAACACAGUUUUUUUCUUCGAUACCCAGCCUCACAAAUUUAAAGGCCCGGGCGCAUUUGCAUUCGAUAGCAAACACCGGCAGGAGGACCACAAGGAGCAGCAGCGGUGACAAAUGGUGCUGCAACAAGUGGUGCUGUAACUCCAAAUGUUGCCCAGCCUAG